AUGUCAUUAAUUAAAAAGAUUAAAUCUCAAUACGAAAUGUGGAAGGUAACGAAGUAUACUAGACGAAGAUCCGCUAUGACACCAGAUUUCGAACAAAAAGAUCCAGAUUUUUAUAAACAGAAUUAUGUUAAUGGAGUUUAUUUAAAUUAUGCUAGUCCCGAACAACCUAUUCCAAAAAGGAAUAGUAGUAACGCUAGUUUCGAAACAAUGUGUCAGACGACCAUCUUAAUUGUCAGUAUGGUAGAUAUAGCACUAGAUUUUGCGGACGAUUAUCUUUUUGAUGAUUUAUACGCGCGUUUUUACCCACGAGUUCAAACAAAUUACACCUUUAAUGCUAAUAAUGUAAUGCCUCGUGAAAAUAGUUAUAGGCAAAUUUUAUCAUUAUUCAUUCUUACAAAUUUCUUUGCAUACUUUUUCUACUUUUUCUUUUCAACGUUAUCAUACUUUGCUGUAUUUGAUAAAGAAUUAAUGAAACACCCGAAAUUUUUGAAAAAUCAAAUAGCGAAAGAAAUAAGGUUAUCUGCUAUGGGUUUUCCUGUUACUAGUCUCGCUACAGUACCUUGGUUUUUUGGUAAGUUCCUUACAUCCGGAUCAUUUAUCAAUGGUGCGGCACAUCAUGCGCUUCAUCAUUUAUAUUUUAACUAUAAUUAUGGUCAAUAUUUUACCAUUUGGGAUAAGUUUGGUGGUAGUUAUAGAAAACCUAGUGAUGAACAACUUGAUGAUAAGAAAAGGAAGGAUCAAAAUAUCUGGAAAAAACAAUCCACAGAAGUCGAUUCUUUUGAUGAGAAUGGAAAAGAAAAGAAAUCUUAA